GCCACAUUUGUAGUGUGGCCACAUAAGUUGCUUUAAGGGCUUGUCGGGUGAUGCAGACAAGCUUAGAGAACAGCUCAUGCUUGUUGGGUGAUGUCGGCCUUGACCUGCAAGCUGUCGGUGGCCCUUGCAAACCCAACAAGACGAAGAACCCGCUCAGACCAUUCACCGGGACCUUGUUAUAGGGCCGCUCCAUAGAGUUGUAAGCGGUAUUCCACCUAACGUGAAUGCUCAUCGUGUCCCCGCCAGGGCUGUAAACUGUAUAGAUCACUUGUACAAACUCGGGAAUCACUGCCGAGUCGGCAUUACUAAAGCCCAUUACUAAACUCAGCCGGGCUCGAUACUACGUAAGCUAACCAGAGCACGGGUGGGGUUUGAACCUGCGGCCAGAGAGUCUCAAGACUAGACUGUCGUUUUAGCCACUGAGUCAGCUAGCUGGUAAUGAAAGCUGAAUCUACAUGAAUAAAUAAAUCCUGCAUAGAUGUAAAGUUAAACUUGGAGUAGAAAGGAUCUGUGUACAAUAUUUCACUGACCUUCAUUAAUUUACAGAUCAUUUUUCUUCCAUGUUUGAUUAUCUAUCUGUGAGAUCUACCUUUUCAUUGAUGAAAGUUCUUCACAGUAUAUGGAAAUGGCACCCUAUAAAAGUGGGUUCCAUUAGUAUAACCCACGUACACACCCUCAGCAAUGAAGACCUCAAGAAGGCAGAGCAGAGACUUUCACAUGCAACUCUCCCAAAAUCGUAUAUAAAUAAUGGAUCAGUGUAUGUCCACUGGCCAUACUGCAGACAGAGAUGUUCAUAUUGCAACUUUGUCAAGUUCAUUCCUCACCCAAAUUCCUAUUGGACUGUUCAGGAUAACACACUAGAGCAUUUCAUGGUUAAGGAACUGGAGCACAGCCUACAGCACUCUUACAUUACUAAUGUGAAGUCAGUGUAUUUUGGAGGUGGCACACCAUCCCUUGCAAGGCCACAAAUGAUAGAGAAAGUGUUGGAAACAAUCCAAGCAGUGUGCUCCUUAGAAGGAAAUGCCGAAAUAACGCUUGAAGUAAAUCCUACCUCAUUUGAAACUAAUAAACUGAAAGAUUUCAAAAGUGUUGGUGUGAACAGAGUCUCCAUUGGUGUGCAGGCUCUUGAUGAGACAUCUUUAAGGCUACUUAACCGUGACCACAGUGUCCCAGAGGCUCUUCAUUGCAUAAAUAUUGCUAAACAGCUUUUUCCAGGUCGAGUGUCUGUUGAUCUAAUUUUUGGAAGACCCAAUCAGACUACAGGAAGUUUGGUAAAAGAGCUGGAGACCAUACUGAGCUUCUGUGAUAACCACAUAUCAUUGUAUCAGUUGACACUGGAGCGUGGAACGAAGCUGUUUAAUCAACAUCUAUCAGGAGAGGUAAAAGUGCCCAGUGCAGACCAAAUGGCAGACCUUUAUGAAGUUGCAGUGUCUUUAUUAGGUGAUUCAGGUUUUAAGAGAUAUGAAGUCUCCAAUUUUGCCCAUGGGUGCUCAGCUGAAAGUGUUCACAACAAAUCAUAUUGGCGAGGCUUACAAUACAUUGGUAUUGGUCCAGGAGCUCACAGUCGAGUAGUGCCCAAGAAUACCAUUGAAAAAAAUAAUGUGGUUUAUAAUGUAUACUCCAGCAAGUGCUCUGAACAAGAUAAAAUGUGGAGUGGUUCUAGAAUUUAUGAAGAGAAUUCUUUUAACCCUACAAUCCAACUCUCCAAAAAUUUCUUCAGUUGCACAAUUCGUGAAGCCAGAGUUAAUGCUGCAGAUCCAGCAAACUGGUUACGAGAAGUUCAAAUUAAAGGAUCUGGGGUACGAAAGGUUACUGCUCAGACAGUACUUGACAUUGUUAGUGAGUAUAUGGCCUCAGGACUAAGAACAAGUGAGGGAAUAACUGCAGAAAAAUGGAGCAUGUUCUUGCCACAAAUUUCUCUUUUUGACAUAUUUCAUGAAAGAACUUUGUGGCUUCAAGAAAGUGAGUUAUUGUGUGUUUCUAAACAAGGCUUGAAAGCCACCAGUAUUGGAUUAAAUGUUUUAGACUCUAUACUUCCAUAUUUAUUAAAUAUUUUAGAGGAAAAAUUUAUAUAAGAUUAAAAUGCUUACUUCGUAGAAAAUCUUGUCAAUAAAACACUGUCUUCAAGCAUAUUUCUUAAAUACAAUAAUAAAGUUUUGGGCAUAAACAGUAUGAAGAU